AUUUGUUGUUUUGAAAUUCUCUUGAGAAACUGCUACCUAUCUGUUAUAAAAAAACAAGCUCGUUUUACAGGUUUUACAAUAAUUAUUAUUUAUCAAGCAAAUUUCACAAUAUCGGUUUGUUUGACUAGCAGUACAGCAUUUUACACUAUUGUGUUCUAAGGUUUUAAAAGUAAAAUAAUAGAAUAAUGGAUGAAGAUGUCGAAUUUCGUGACAUGGUUCUAAAAAAGCUGGAAGAGAAUGGAUCCCUGUUAGAUCUCAAGGCAAAACUGCGCGCUCACCUGUACGAUGUUAUUGAAAACGACGGAAAACUGUCCGAGCUUAAAAAUAGCGAGCUUAUCUAUAACGGCGACAAAUCGGAACUGGAUGAAGAUGAGGACGAGCCGGAGGAACAAAAUGUCGACAACCGGAGCUUAUCGUUAAGCUUAGUGUUCGAUUUAUUAGACUGCUUGAAUCUGGCGUAUACUAAACGGGUACUGAUGGCAGAGUCUGGAACUAAGAAACCUUUCGCGAGAGAUCGACUGCGGAGGGAAUUUUUGCGGGAACCAAUCAGCGAAGAGAACGAUUUUGGCGAAGAUGCGAGGGAAGCAAUAUUGUACAAAUUGAUAAACCAACAUCGGAAAGAAUCUCCAAGCAUUAGUAAAACAGAAGAAAUCCCCAAUGAAGAAAGUACAACUUCUUAAUGAUUACUUGCUUCACCGUCAGGCAACAUAAACAUUCCCAGAAUUUAGGCUUCAUAUGUGUAAGUUUUAUUUUCUUAUGAUUUUUUUAAUCUAAGUUUCUUUACAUAUAUGUAAAUGUAUUUUUAUUUUCCUUGGUAA